AUGGGCUUCUUUAGCACCCACGCGUCCGGGACGCUCGAUCCCCCUGAGGUGCGAAACUGGCGCAUCCACUUGAUCGCCCUGGUCGCCAGCAUGUCGGCUUUGGCAAUGGGCUAUGACACAGCAGUCAUUGGAGGGACCAUGGCACUGGACUCGUUCCGACGUGAUUUUCACCUUGACGAAGUCAGCUCGACAACCCGCGAUACGAUCCAGGGCAACAUCGUCUCGACUUUCCAGGCUGGUUGCUUCUUUGGUGCUCUCCUCACGUUUCCCAUCGCCGAGAAAUUCGGUCGCAGGAAAACCGUCAUGCUCGCCGGGACCGUAUUCCUCAUCGGCGGCACGCUGAUGACCGCAGCCAGCGGAAGCCUGAACUUGAUCUACGCAGGUCGUGCCAUUGCCGGUUUGGGAAUCGGCGCAUCGUCAUUGACAGUCCCCGUGUACAUUGCCGAGACGGCCCCGCCUUCGAUUCGCGGCCGACUGGUCGGUAUCUUUGAAAUCGCCUCGCAGGGAGGCGGCAUGCUGGGCUUUUGGAUCAAUGCAAGUUUCCUCACCACAAGAUUCUUUUACGCCACUGACCGGACGAUCAACGUCCACUCGCGGGCCCAAUGGAUCGUGCCCCUUGGACUCCAGCUCGUCCCUGGCCUGGGACUUGCCCUGGGCAUGAUUUGGUGCCCCGAGUCCCCCCGUUGGCUCGCCCGCGGAGACCAUUUCGACUCUGCAGAAAAGAUCUUGACCCUGAUCCGCGGCCUGCCUGCUGAUCACGAGUAUAUCCGUCGCGAGAUGAACGACAUCCGCACCCAGGUCGAGCAACGUACCUCUCAGCGCAUGACGAAGAAGCAAAUGUUCCAGAAGCUCUUCCAAAAGGGUAUUCGUAACCGCAUGGGUCUCGGUAUGGCGCUCAUGUUUCUUCAGAGCUUCACCGGUGUGAACAUCAUCACGUACUACGCCCCUCGCAUCUUUGAGAGUCUUGGAAUCACCGGUACAUCGACGAAGCUCUUCUCGACUGGCUUUUAUGGUAUCGCAAAGACCUUUGGUAUGUUCCUCUUCACCUUCUGGGUGGCCGAGAGAGUCGGCCGACGGAAGGGUCUUUUAUGGGGAUCUGCGCUCGGCUGCAUUCCAAUGUGGUACAUUGGGGGAUAUGUCAUGAGAGCAGACCCCGCUGCAGCUGCCGCGGCCGGCGUAGUCACCCGAGAUGGCUGGGGUUACCUCGCCAUGGCUUGUGUCUACAUCAACGGAGUCAUCAUCUGCGCCACGUGGCAGGGAAUCACCUGGCUCUACGCUUCUGAAGUGCAAACGCUCGAAAUCAGAAUGCUGGCAGUCUCCAUCACAACCGCCACGACCUGGCUCGGAAGCUUCAUCAUCGCUCGCUCCACGCCCUACAUGAUCUCUGAUUUGGGCUACGGUGCAUACUUCUUCUUCAGCAGUAUCUUAAUGCUCAUGGGUAUCUGGGCAUUCUUCUUUGUGCCAGAAACAAAGGGAUUGACCCUCGAGGACAUGGACGCUCUGUUCAUGCACCCUACCCACAAGACAGUGUGGGCCCAGAUGAGAGGCAAGGCCAUAGUCGCUCCUGGUCGAGCCAGGUCUCCCUCCAUCACCGACGAGAAGUUGGAGGCAAAUAUUGAGGCUGCUCAGAUUGAAGAGCGAUCCAAGUCAUGA